AUGUUGUGGUCUUAUUUUUUACUGCUAACAACAUUGAAUAUUUCUCUUCAUGCCUUAUUAUAUCCAGCUGAAAGUGAAACAAGACAAGUCAAAUCAUUGGAUGGUCUCUGGCAUUUUCGACUUGAUGAACAAGGAGUUGGUGAGAAUGAACGAUGGUUUGCUCAACCAAAUCUACCUGACCCUACUAUUUUCAUGCCUGUACCAUCAUCCUACAAUGAUGUUACACAAAAUAUUACUAUUCAUCGACAUAUUGGAUGGGUAUGGUAUGCAAAAGAUUUCUUUCUUCAUAAUACAGCACCUCGUUGGGUUCUUCGAUUUCAAGCUGCUCACUAUGAAAGUCGUGUGUGGGUAAAUGGACAUUCAGCUGUAAAUCAUUCUGGUGGACAUCUACCAUUUGAAGCUGAUAUUACUCCAUUUAUUUCAACUAAUAAAGACUAUUCAAAAGUACAUAUAGUCGUCGCUAUUAAUAAUACACUUACACCAACAACAUUACCACCUGGCUACUUACAAAUUCACAGUCCCUCCUAUCGUGAACUACAAACUCCAUUUGAUUUUUUUAAUUAUGCUGGCAUUGAUCGAUCUGUUAUACUUUAUUCAACUUCAACUGCUUACAUUCAAGAUAUUACUAUUGAUACACAACGUAUCGAUUAUGAUGCUCAACAUAUAGCCACAUCUGCUGUUCUUGUCUAUACUGUUACUAUUGCUGGUGUUAAUCCAAUAAAUACGAUUCGAGUACUUAUUGAACUAUUAGAUGCAAAUGGAAUGGUUGUUGCUAAUAAUACUGAUUCUCAUUCAAGUUUAGUUGUUACUAAACCAAAUUUAUGGGAACCUUGUGGAAUGAAUUAUACUCAUCCAUGUACUGAACAUAGUUAUUUAUAUACUCUACAAGUCACACUCUACAAUGAUAGUCCACAAAUGAAUAUACUGGAUAUUUAUCGAAUUCGUCAUGUAGGUAUUCGUACAAUUAGAUUAACUGAUUCGAAAUUUUUAGUGAAUGAACGUCCAUUUUAUUUUCAUGGAGCUAAUGCACAUGAAGAUAGUGAUAUUCGAGGAAAAGGAUUUGAUCAUGUAAUUCUUGCUAAACAUUUUAAUUUAUAUGGAUGGUUACAUGGAAAUUCAUUUCGAACAUCACAUUAUCCAUAUGCUGAUGAAUUUUAUGAAAUGGCUGAUCGAUUUGGUAUAGCUAUUAUCGAUGAAACACCAGCUGUUGGAUUGAGUGCAACUCAAUUUGUUUCACAAGCUACUUUAGAUCAUCACAAACAAGUAACUACUGAAAUGAUCAAUCGUGAUAGAAAUCAUCCAUCUGUUCUUAUGUGGUCUCUAGCAAAUGAACCGGAAUCUAAUGUUCCAUCAGCAAAAGAUUAUUUUAGUGCACUAGCUAAUUUCACCAGACCUAUAGCAGCUGGUCGUCCUAUUACAUAUGUGAUUUCUGCUGGUUAUAAUAGUGAUCAAGGAAUUCAAUUCUUUGAUAUGAUAUGUAUCAAUCGUUAUUUCGGUUGGUAUAGUCAAUCUGGACGUUUAGAUCAAAUUCCAAAUUUAGUAUCAGAAGAACUUACUAAUUGGCGUCACAGAUUCCCGAAUAAACCAAUUUUAAUGAGUGAGUAUGGAGCUGAUACAGUAGUGGGUCUUCAUAAUGAUCCAUCAUUUAUGUUCACUGAAGAAUAUCAAAAAGAUUUUUAUACUGCCUAUCAUAGUAUUUUUGAUAAUUUUUCAUCACUUAUUCAUCCAGAUACUGGUUUCUUUGUUGGUGAAUUACCUUGGAAUAUGUUUGAUUUUGCCACUGAUCAAAGUAUUACUCGUGUAGGUGGUCUAAAUCGUAAAGGUCUUUUUACUCGACAACGUCAACCAAAAGCAGCUGCUUUUGUAAUUAAAAGCCGUUAUGAACACUUGGAAUCAAUUAAUACUAAUGAUUUGUGUAAUUCAUUUGAAUAA